GCGAGAGGAGAAGAAAGAGUGGAAGAUGGCUACCGCAGACGACGUCGCAGGGGGCGGUUCAUCGGCACCAAAGAUAGUGUGGAACGAAGCCAAGCAUAGGUUCGAGUCAGAGGACAAGAAAGCCUACAUAGACUACGUUCUCAGAGAAAAUGGAAAAGUGAUGGACUUGGUUCACACCUAUGUCCCAUCCUCCAAGAGAGGCUUGGGCUUGGCCUCCCAUCUCUGCGUUGCUGCCUUCAACCACGCCAAAGCCAACUCCAUCUCUGUCAUCCCCACCUGUUCUUACGUCUCUGACACUUUCCUCCCGAAGAACCCUUCUUGGAAUUCUCUGCUGUACUCCCCUGAGACCAAGUCUAGCAUAUAGAAUUAGAAGCAACUUUUGUGUAAUAAACAACUGUACUUCUAGUGAGGAAUCACCGAGAUGUUUGUAAGCUUGAAUAGGGAAAACCUUUCUCUGCUCCUCUGUUUUAUAUGUGAUGCUUGUUCAAGGCAACAGAAAUAAACGUAGAAAAGAUCUUGGUUUUCUUAUCUCCCUGUUUGGAACUUGGUGUUGAUCAAGUAUGAUGAUAAGAGCAUAUCCACAGUCUAUGCACUUGAAACAAAAUCAAGUUGAAUGUAUAAUUUACAAAUACUUGACUUAUUUAUUAAAUACAUUAUUUUAUCAAC